AUGCUGGGAUUGGACGUGUGUGAGUUUGGGGGUCAGGUGCUGGAGCUGCUGUGGUUAACGGUGUGCUACAGAGGUCUGCUGGCCGACAAGAAGGAUCUUCGUCUCGAGGAGGAAGAGGAUGACAGGAACCUGAACUACAUCGCGCCGGUCCAGAAGAGUUUGGAGGAGAUCCGGCAACUGGACCAAAAUGACGAGAGUCUGGUCAAGUACAAGCAGACCCUGCUGGGGAGGGAAACGAGGCCAGCAGACUCCGCUGUGGCGAAUGUCCAGGUGACCAGACUGACCCUGCUGUGCGACGAGGCUCCUGAGCCAAUCAGCAUGGACCUGACAGAAGACCUGAGCGCUCUGAAGGAGAAGACCCUCUCCCUCAAGGAAGGAGUCACGUACCAGCUGAAGAUUCACUUCAAGGUGAACAGAGAAAUCGUUGCUGGCUUGCGGUACCAUCAUGUGACCUCCAGAAAAGGAUUGACAGUGGGCAAGGUGUCGCACAUGGCGGGCAGCUACUGCCCGAGGGACGAGGAGCACGAGUUCCUGUGCCCGGUGGACGAGGUGCCCAGAGGCGUGAUGUCACGCGGCCACUACAAGGUCGCCUCCCACUUCACCGACGACGACAAGAACGCCCACUUGGACUGGGAGUGGAACUUCAACCUCAUCAAAGACUGGAGUGAAUAGAGGGAGAGAGAGAUGAUGAUGAUGCACUCUUUCACUCCUGUUCUCCCCCUCCUCUCUUGACCUUCCCGUCUUCACCCUCCUCCUCCUCCUCCUCCUCCUUGUACCAACCUUUCCUUCCUUGUCUGUUCGGUGCAGGUGUCCCGACUCUCCCCCCCCCCCUUCUCUCUCUCUCUCUGUCUCUCUCUCUAUUUUACAUCCGCAUCACACCCGUUCAGAGUUCACAUGAGGACGCUUUAGAGAUGAUGAUCUCCUUUUCUUCUCAGUUUCCUUUCUCCCACCCUGCCUCCGUAUAUCAGCAGUGUGAAGGGGGAGGGGCAUAAGCAGGCAAUUAAAGGAAGUCGCAAAUACACAAUAUACAUUACACAGGCAACGAUGACGCGUGACACGCAGCUCAUCGAGGCCUUGAAACCUCAAGACGCGAGUUGGUUGUGCCAGUGCGUCCGGGUUCAUGGAAUCCUUCCGACCGGCUCCACGGCGCCCCCUGGUGGUCGGUUGUUUGUUCAGCUCCCGCCGCGUAACAACGCACGCUGAGAGUCGCGUUACUCCGCCAGGCGUGGUGGUCAUUUACGUUAAGAUCAUAUUUGUGCCCUCACCCGAUUGCUUAAAUUAACUUAACUUAACGCACAUCAUUUCUCGAAGAUGGAUUUCACUUAUUUUCAGAUUCAGGGCGACUUCUCAGACCCCCGGGAACGAAAACAUGGACAACACACUGCAAACAGGAAACCCUUGAAGAGCUAAUUCAGCAUAUUUAAUGGUGUGCAAACAUGUACACAAAUGAAGGCAAAGAAAUUAAUUAAUGGGAAUAUUACAAUUCUAGUUUAUGUCCCUUAAGGCAUUUGUAUUGCUGUAAUUUUAAAACGUUGAGCAAGACUAUCCCCAACAAAGAUGUAGAAUUUAAAAAAGACCAAAUAGGAGUGAUAAAAUCCAGUCCUUCAUGUAUUUCUUCAGGUGAAGUAUAUAUUUUAUCCCAUGUCUGAGGGUGUAGAUUGAUCGAUCCGUCGCAUCCCAACAAAUAUCAUGUUUUCAUUGCAAACUUGAAGAAAAAAAUAAUUGAUCAAAUGUGAUAAUUCACAUCCUUAGUUCUACAGGAAGUAAAGGAACAUCAGUUUUUCUUUCGCAUAACGACAUUACGCUCUAAUUAUCCAAACGUCGUCUUUUCAAAUCCUUAAUAAACCGGGAUGCAUCCUACUUUAACGCCGCUGUGUGAUUUGAAAGCGGCGGCCUUCUCGAAUCUUUGAGGAGCGUUUUUUUGAAAAGACGGAUUAAAGACUGAAAGUGAACUGUGCAUAGUGUAGAAAGAGAUGCAUGCAUGUCCAUUUAAUAAUUUGAUACGAUUCAUUCAUUAAAAAUGAACAAAGUGUGCCCUUUGUGAACUUCUCUCGUUUACCGAGGACACACGAUGUGAAUACAACGCCGCUCUGACUAUAAUUAAUGGAACAUUUUAAGACGGUAGUUGAAAGAAUACUGAGAAGUAAACCAGGGGAUGAAUUAAUUCCCCUUUAAAAAAAUAUUAUAAUAUCAUUACUGUGUUAAGUCUUUGGAUAUGAUAUCGUCAUUGUUGCUGAACAUUGAACUUGAAAUCGUUGUGAUCUGAGACUGACUGUACACGUUGGCUUGUUGGGUGUUGCAUGGUUUAGCGAGACGCUCUUCCUUUUUUUACGACUUUAUUGUAAAAUUUGAAUGUGAUUUAAAAAAAAGAAGAAAAAAAGAUACUGACGCAAUAUCCAGAUAGUCAACGGUUGCCAUGGACUACAGAUACAGUAUUUACAGGGAUAUUUUUAAAGGCACCGGAUAGCUGCGUUCAACGCCCAGCCUGUAACCAUCGAGUGCCGCAUCGUCAAAUAUUGGUGUCAAAUCUAGUGUCCUGUAUCUUUUAAUAAAGGCAAU